AUGGAUAUAAAGGAUGAAAAUCUUGAGAUCUAAACUAAUGUAGAAAUGCCUACAAAAACUUUAUAUAAUUAUGAAAUAUUUAAAAGAAUUACAUACUUUUUGAGUUUAAAAGAUGUAUUAACAUUGAGAAUAACUUGUCGUGAUUUAAAUGAAUAUGUCGAGGUUUAAUAUUUUUUUUAUAGGUAGAAACAUUAUUAAUUCUUUGCAGAAAAUUACUAUAAAUAAUUCCUCAAAGAUUAACUAGAAAUGACACUUGAAAUUAAUUAUCCUGAUAUUAUUUAAAGAGAUCAAAUUCGUUAAGCUAACUUUGAUAAUUAUUAUAUUGAUUGGAAACUUCAAUAUUAAAAAAUGAUGCAAGAAAAGUAAGUUAAGUAAAAAUUUUAUGGUAGAAAAACAUUAAAAAUUCCAUUUUUACUUUGCGAGUCAGUUUUUCCAAAACCUAUUUUAAAAAGAGAAACAAUAGGAUUAUAUUGUGAAUCAGAUUUCUAAAUUAUGCUUGCUUAACGCCUUGAGUUAGAACAAAAGGGUUUCGACAAAUUAUUUGAUUUUUAAUUGAUAUCAGAUUAGGUAUUUAAAAUUUGAAUUAAAUUUUAGCUAAUGGACUUAUUAAAAUAAAAUAAACAAUCGAUAAUAAAUUAAGAGAGCCAAAAAUUAAACAAUAAUGAAACACUUAAAUCAAAAUUUCUAUAAUUAAGAUGGAAUUUAUAAAGUGAAUCUUCUGAAUUAAAAUAAUCGCCUCUAAUUUAAGUAGAGUCAUAAAUUAUUUAAGAAGAAGAACAAUAAGAAGAUCUUUAAAAUGAUUAAAUUAGUAUUAUUGAACUUUUGGAAUAAUUGUAUAGUUCUGUUGAAUGUUAUUUAUAAGGAUUAUAAAUGUAUUUUUCUACAUUUAUUACUCAAAAUACUAACAGUGUUGAUCUUUUAAGCGAAUAUACUAUGUAUUGGGAAGCUUACAGUAAUUCAAUUGUAGAUUUGAAUGGGAUUAUAUAUCCUUUAGAAAAUAUUGUUAAUGAAUUACAUCAAAAUAUUUUUCCCAAAUAUCCUCAACAUCCUAAAUUUUCAUUUUGGAGAAUAAUGUGUUAAUUAUGGAUUAAAAAUGUAAUAUUUAAUUUAUUUUAAGAUUCUUAGAAAUGAAUAAUUUUAAAAACUUCUUUUGGAGUGUUUUAUAAAAACUAUGCAAACAGAAAGAUAAGCAAAGUUCUUAAAAGAAUUUGAUUAAGGUGUUAAUUAAAAUUUAGGCUUUACUCCAUCUUUUUAAAUUACAUAUGAAAUUUAUGAUAAUUUUUUACUAAAAUAAAAAAAUAGCAUAAAAGAUUAAUUUUAAAUUGAAACUACACAUAAAUUUUAUACAGAUAUACCAGGUUUAUUAAGAAAUUUUAAUAAAUCUAUAUAAGAUAUUUCUAUUAAUGAAGUAUUGUUACAUUUAAAAUAAGGUAUCUGUUCAUUGGAUUGGACAUAAGGAUUGUUGUUAUGAAGAAUUUUAUGAAUAAUUAAGCGAGAGAGUAUAAUAAGAAUCUAGUUUAUACUAUGAUGAAACUAAAUAAGUAUUUGGAUCUAAUGUAGCUUCUUUUAUAGAAUUCAUGCAAUUUGACAAAAAGUAAAUUAAAAUUUAUCAUUAUUUAGUUUUUUAUCUGAAUUUUUACCUGAACCUCUUGUAUUUAAAAUAGAAAACUUAUAACAUGAACACAUUUAUACAUAUUUGUAUUAUUAUUUAGAGCAUUCCUAUCUUUAAAAGUUCAUAUAAAUUCAUUAGGAUUAAAUUGUUUAAGCUUAUAAAACAUAGAAACCUUAAAGUCCAAAACAAGAAAGAAUAUCUGCUACAUCAUCAUAUAAUAAUGAAUAUUUAGAUACUUAAGGUGAUGCAACAUUAAAUGACGCUUAAAAAUUCUUUAAUUUUGCAUUAGAAAAUUUAAAUUUUGAUGUAGAUGAUUUUUUGAUUAAUAAAAAAAAUUAAAAUUAAUAAGAACCAUUAAUGGAGGUAAUAAGAGUCGUUCUAUCAUAAAAAAAUCUUGAAUAAAUUAUAGAAAAUUAUCAAGAUGAUUAAUUUUAAUCAAAUGAUCUUUUUGAAUUCAAUUAACAACCUAAAAUUCAUAGAGCAUAUUCUAGUAAUAAAUGUAAAAAUUUAUUUUAUUUAAAAUUAGUAAAUUCUGAAUAAACUGAAAUUCCAGAGGAAAUAAUUAAAUCUGCUAAAUAAUUUUUAUUAAAUGACUCUGAAUUUACCAAUAUUUAUUAGAUUUUUAUUGAUUACACUAAAAAUUUUGAUAAAAGUUGGAUAUAAAUGGUUUAAAAGAAUAGAGAUAUUGAGAUUUUAAAUGAUGAUAGAUAAAUUCCUAGAGUAAGUCAUUCCAUUUUAAUCAAUUUAGGUUCUUUAGGAAUAUCUCUAAGAUUUUUAUUUUAUAUCUAAAAGCUUAACAAAAACAAUUUUAGAUGAAAAUAAAGUGGAUGAAGAUUUAGAAGAUCUUGAAAUGCCUCCUAGCCUCUCCAAGAAUUCAUCUAAAUUUAAAAGUAAUUAAAUUUUUUAAAUUAGAAAAUUCGGUAUGUAUGGAGGUUUACUACUCAGAAGAAGAAGAUAAUAAUUAAGGAUGAAUUCUAAUAACAAAUUAAGCGAAAUGAAUUUAAUUAUUAAAUUUAG